AUGGCGCGGUUCGUCGGCCUAGCCGUGGUUGCUCUGCAGCUCGCGACGGCAGCGGCGCCGCUGCCGCAGCCGGGGUGCCCAAGGACGUGCGGCGGCGUCGCCAUCGAGUACCCGUUCGGAAUCGGGCCAAACUGCUCGCUCUCCGACGGCUUCAACGUGGAGUGCGUCGACGACACCCCGCGGCUUCGCCUCGGCGGCGGCGGCGAGCAGGAGGAGGUGGUCAAGGUGCUCCGCAUCGACCUGCUCAGGGGCAAGAUCCGGACGACGAACACCAUCUCCUGGCAGUGCACGGAGAAGGGAGGAGCAACCGCCGGCGCCAGGCUGCAGAACAGCUCGUGGACGGGCCUCAACGCGACGGCGCUGCCGUACCGCUUCUCCGACGAGGACAACCGGUUCUUCACCCUGGGGUGCAACGCGCUCGUGUUCCUCAACGGCGAGGCGUCGGGCAUCGACGAUCCCAUCCUGAGCGGCUGCAUCUCGACGUGCUUCGGCAACGCGAGCAUCAGGAACGGCACCUGCUCCGGCAUAGGAUGCUGCGAGAUGGCCAUCCCCAGGGGGCUCAACUCCUACUCGCUUGAAUUCACCGGACCAUUGGUUAACUCCUCCUCCAACAACGACUGGUGCAUCUACGCGGCGCUGAUGGAGUCUGCCGGCUUCAGCUUCGAGGUGGCCUACGCCACCACAGACAUGUUCUACCGCAAGAACAACGGCACGGUUCCGCUCCUGCUCAACUUCGUGGUGGGCAACGAGACGUGCAAGGAGGCUCAGGCGAGCGGCGGCUACGCGUGCGCCGGCGAUCACAGCGUCUGCGUCGACGCCGUUGAUGGCCCCGGCUACGUGUGCAACUGCUCUCAAGGGUACACCGGCAAUCCCUACCUCCCCGACGGAUGCACAGGUACUACUGUUGGCGUCGGCGGUGGCCUCGCCAUUGUCGUGACGAGCAUUUUGAGCACAUACCUGGUGCGGCAGCGACGAGCGCUCGCGGACGUCAAGCGCAAGUACUUCGCGCAACACGGCGGCCUGCUGCUGUACGAGGAGCUGAGCUCGAGGCAGGGCAACGCCUUCACCAUCUACACGGAGGAGCAGCUCGAGCAAGCCAGCAACGGUUUCGACGAGAGCAACGUCCUCGGCCGCGGUGGCCACGGCACCGUGUACAAGGGCACGGUCGCCAGCGGCGUCGUGGUCGCGAUCAAGCGGUGCAAGCUGAUGGACGAGAGGAACAAGAAGGAGUUCGGGAAGGAGAUGCUGAUCCUCUCCCAGAUCAACCACAAGAACAUCGUCAAGCUGCUCGGCUGCUGCCUCGAGGUCGACGUCCCCAUGCUCGUCUACGAGUACGUCCCCAAUGGCACCUUGUAUCAGCUCAUCCAUGGUGGACCGGCCGCCGCCGCCGCCGUCUCCUUCGCCACUCGUCUCCGGAUUGCACAUGAGUCUGCUGAGUCACUCGCCUACUUACACUCGUUCGCGUCGCCGCCGAUCCUCCACGGCGACGUCAAGUCCUCCAACAUCCUCCUCGACGAGAGCUUCAUGGCGAAGGUGUCCGACUUCGGCGCCUCCAUCCUGGCUCCCACCGACGAGGCCCAGAUGGUGACCAUGGUGCAGGGGACGUGCGGCUACCUCGACCCGGAGUACAUGCAGACGUGCCAGCUGACGGAGAAGAGCGACGUGUACAGCUUCGGCGUCGUGCUGCUUGAGCUCCUCACCGGCGAGAAGCCCCUCUGCCUCGACGGGCCGGAGGAGGGCCGGAGCUUGUCGGCGAGGUUCCUGGCUGCCAUGAGGGAGACAAGAGUGGACAAGAUAGUGGACGAGAAGGUGAAGGGCGAGGCGAGCGAUGAAUUGCUGGAGGAGAUCACGCAGCUGGCUCUGGAGUGCCUGCAGAUGUGCGGCGGCGACAGGCCGGCGAUGAAGGAGGUCGCCGAGAGGCUGGGCCGAAUGCGGCGUCUGCACCAGCAUCCAUGGACGCAGGACGCCGUCGAGCUCGAGGAGGCACGGUGCUUGCUCGGCAGCUCGCCGGAAAGUAUCAGCUUUGAAGUGGACGCCAGUCACGGCACUGAUAGUAGCGGAUACUGAACCGAACACAAGCAUGUUGCGUCAAUUUAAUCGUGUCUCUUUUGGGAAUGGAUUUUGU